AUGAGAAGUAAUAGGGAAGAUAAUCACUUCAUUGAGACUGGAUAUCGGUCAGCUUCCGCAUCGUUGCGGAAAUCUCUUGAGAGUUGGACAUAUCUUCACAAUGAAUCCGUGAAUAUCUACUCUCACCUCAUCGGCUCUCUACUAUUUGUCGUCUUACCAAUCUAUAUCUUCAGAACAGAGAUUCCACCCCGAUACAAAGUCGCGACCAGUGCUGAUCUGGGGAUUUGUUCUAUUUACUUCAUCGGAGUUGCACUAUGUUUCCUUCUCUCCGCAACCUUCCAUACGAUCAUGAAUCACAGCCCAAGAAUAGACAAAUUAGGCAUGCAGCUCGACUUUCAAGGAGUGAUCCUUCUAAUGUGGGGCGCUACUGUUCCCUUGAUAUAUUACGGCUUCUAUUGUGAUAGGAAACUGCAGUGGGUGUAUUGGGCUCUUUCAUCAACCUUUGCUCUUGUAUGUUCAGUCUUUACAUUUCAGCCAAGGUUCAGUGAUCCCUUUCUCCGACCUUUGCGUGCAGCAACCUUUGGUAGUUUCGCGCUUUCAUCCAUUAUACCUAUCAUUCACGGCAUCAUCAAGUACGGAUGGACCCUGCAAAGCCAACGAAUGGGUCUCAAAUGGGUUCUGGCCACUCUAGGCUUGAAUACGUUAGGUGCCGUGGCUUAUGCUGUCAAGUUUCCCGAACGGUGGUUCAAGAGGACGUUUGAUAUCUUUGGCGCGAGUCAUCAGUUGCUUCAUAUCAUGGUUAUACUUGCAGGCUUAGCUCAUACGAUGGGGGUCUUGCGUGCAUUUGACUUUCUACAUGCACAUCCGAAUGAGUGUGUGGGUCAAUGA